UGCAUUUUGUUUGUGGGAUUUCACUAGGUUUUUGCACUGUGAAUCAUCAGCAAUCGGUCAAAAUUCCUCUUCUCUCCGAUCAAUCGAAGCCAGAAUUUCUGCACAGGAAACUGUAUCUAAGAAUAAGUGAAGUUUCACAUAGAAGUUCAAGCUGGAAAUUCACGAAAGGUGGUAGCUGUGAUUGCAAUCAAGAGGUUGGACGCAACUUGGAUCAUUCUAGAUAGGGAAAUGAAAAAGGAGAAGAGGUACUUUAUGGAGAAGCUAUCAUGUGGAAUAUCAAAACUGAAAAGUGACAACUCCAUAGAAGAUGUAAGAGGGUCACUAACAUUAAUGGAGAACACCAAUGUCUCCCUUACCAGAAAUAAAUUUUCUUAUGAUGAAAUGAUUCCAGGCGACGAUGAUUCAUCAGAUGAACUUACUUCUCCUCAGCAAGACUCGGAAGUUAUUUCUCAUGUGACAACCUCAAGCAAAGAACAAGCAAGCAGUAUUCUGGGAAAGCUUUCCUCAGAGUUUUGUGAAAACCUGGUAAAAAAUUCUUCAGCAAGUGACCUAGUAAAUUCAACUUCGAGCUUGGAAAAUCCUAGUAGUUCCUCAAGUUCUUCUCAACAGAAAGCAAAAACAACUGAAAAGUCACCUUCCCACGUCUCCAAUGACCAAACCGAAGAGCAUCAAACUGUUAAAGACAAAGAAAAAGUGGAGAUGAUUAUUGAUCAAUAUUUUUCUGGUGCAAUAUUCAAAAAACCUGAAUGUUCAAUUUGUGGGAACAAAAGGCCAAAGAUGGGAUGGCAUAAAGCCUUCAGCUAUAAGGAGCUUGAAGAAGCAACAGAAUGGUUUUCCAAUGAGAAUUUUCUAUCGGAAGGUGGAUUUGGUUCUGUUUAUAGAGGGGUUUUAAAGAAUGGGCUAAGAGUUGCUGUGAAGCAGCGCAAUGAUAUGAGCCUUCAAGGGGAUAAAGAAUUCAAGUGUGAAGUUGAGGUUCUUAGCAAGGAUCGGCAUCCAAAUUUGGUUAUGUUGUUAGGGUCUUGCUCUGAGCGAAACCAAAGGUUGCUUGUCUAUGAGUAUGUUUGCAAUGGUUCACUAGACCAAUUCUUGUCAGGAGAUAUAAGAAUGCCUCGCGAUUGGGAGAGAAGGAUGAAAAUAGCUUUGGGUGCUGCCAGAGGAUUAGAAUAUCUUCAUAAACAUAACAUCAUCCACAGAGAUAUCAGACCUAACAACAUCCUCAUCACACAUGAUCAUGAGUCACUGCUAGGAGAUUUUGGACUUGCAAAAGCUGGGUAUGAUGAAUCACAAAAUUCUUCUGGUAACAAUGUGGUUGGCACUCUUGGAUAUAUGGCACCAGAAUAUGCAGCAAGUGGAAAGUUCUCAACUAAAACAGAUGUUUAUGCUUUUGGGGUUGUCCUGCUGCAGCUGAUCACUGGGCUGAAGACCACAGACAAUUAUCCUGAAGAUAAAAGUCUUGUUGAAUGGGCAAUGCCUCUGUUGGAGCAAAGGAAUUAUCCUCGUCUAGUCGACAAGAGAAUUGUGGAUUCCCAUGAUUUCCAUCAGCUAUUUUGGAUGGUUGAAAUAGCAGAAAAAUGUCUCAAAAAGGAUCCUAAUAAAAGGCAUACAAUGGAAUGGGUGGCUAAAACUUUGAACCAUAUAAUGGAAGGAAGUACUGAUAAUUCUAUAGACUUCAACCCGAUAGAAUCUAGUCCAUAUGUUCACAGAGGUGAUAAUAAUAUUAACAAUAGUAGUAAACAAGGGGAUGUCAAAGGCAAGGAAGAUGAUAAAACCCUUGAAACAGAAGCAGCAUCUUUAUGUUCAACUUACAGAAAAUGUUCAUCAAAAAGAUAUGAAAGAAGGAAGAUUCAUCUCAAACAUAAAGGACCAUCUCGAAGCAAAGGGAAACUACUUUAUGAAGAGAUGAUUCAUUAAAUUUGUUUUGAUGUGUUUUAUUACAUGUGUAAAGUUGUUUACUUUUACUAUUAUUUUCUGAUUAGUUAUUGGCUCCCGUGACACCAGUUCUAUAUCUGUUGUCUGGCUGAAUGGUUGAUACAUACUACACCUUCUUUUUUUUUACA